AUGCCCUUUAACUUCCAACACAUAAGCAAGGGGAAUUUAAGCGGUAUCAAGGUUGACUCUAAAACCACAUGUGCCAACAAUUUGCUGAAUUUAACGUCGCAAUUGCGAGAAAAUUAUGACAUAGUGUAUAACUUGCUACCUAUGGCGCGUCUAAAUCACUUUGUUCUUGGCAUUCUCAUCUUGCAAAUAUACGUAUAUGCUGCACCAAGUGACGUCAGCAAGAUCGAAGAAAUUGCCAAAGUAGAAGUAGCUGAACCCAAUGUAGAGCUAGUUGACCCCUAUGUAAAGCAAGCUGACCCUAAAGUAAAAGAAGCGGCCCCUGAAGUAGAAGACGCUGGCCCUAAAGUAGAGGAAUCUGACCCCAAGCUCGAUACAAAAGCAAAAGAAGUGGAAAGCGACAAAAACUCUACUGACACACAGAGACAGAAAAGAUGGUAUAACCCCUAUGGCUUUCCUCCUAUGAACCCGUUAAUAUACCCAAGCUACAAUAAAAGAGAUGAAGGCCAAAAUACUGGAUACUAUGGCGGACAAGACCCAUUAGUACAGAUACACAGACAAAUCCAAGAGAUAGCUAACAUCGUGAGACAGCCUCCUCCACCUCCACCACCACUACACCAUAUCCCCAUAUUUUUCCCAGUUUUAUUCAUUCCUCGUGGUGAUUGCAACUGCAACCCAAAUCCUAGUCCUACUCCGGGACCAGAAACCACAGAAUCUGAUAAAAACGGCACAACACCUUCAAUAAUGAAUCGUUGGCCGGUUAUGGAAGACACGAGACAAAACUGGGGAUUCGUUGUGAAUCAAAGUGACAGUGAUUCGGAAGACGGAGUAGAAUUCAGUAGGCCUAUUUCAUUCGAUCCCAUAAGAUUGAACAGACCAAUGAGACCUCAACCACCCGUAGAACAUGGGAGUGUACAAAGCGAUUCAGGUAAAAGAGAGGAUCAGCCUCAAUCAGAGGCCUCGAGACCAGAAACUCCUGCAUUAAGGCCACCUCCAUCAACCAGGCCUCCACCUUCAAAUAGGCCACAGAAUUCAUCACCUUUUGAUUAUAGACCAACUCCGUUGGCACCUCCGAACGAUAGUAGACUCAACCGAGAGGUGGACGUUUCGCGCAAACCAAAAGAAAAAACACUAAAAUUUGUGCUAAAUCAGAACGGACAGGCCAAACAUAGGAAGGAAUUUAAAAUGGCAUCCUACACAACACUGGUAAUUGUAACGAUGGUACUAGCACAAGCGUUUUGCAGACCCGAAGGUAACAAAAAUAGCAACUAUUCUACAAUAAAACCACCAGCCAGCCUGUCAUACAACGAACUGGUGUACAUUCUACAAGCGAGACACGGUAAAGAUGUUCCAAGGCCGAAGAUUUUGUCUCCAUGUGCUCGAGCGAUUCUCGGCUGCUGCAAGGAUAAUCACAUCAACGAGUCUUGCUCAGAAUCACUCAAUUGUGGAGCAUUUUUCUUCGACGACAAUCCGUGUGACGAGAAAUUCGUGCUAGAUGCUUUAAAAGCGGCUAAGAGUUUUUAUCAGCAACUGUGA